UUCUAGAGGGCUUCGAUCGGACGGUGGCCGCGGUGGGUCAAUCCGGUACGGAAGUGGUGGUGGGCGUGAGACCUGUGGCUGCGGCCUGAAGGGAGAGCGGGGCUUUCGGAGUCGGCAUGGAGUCGCUGUACCGGAUCCCGUUCACGGUGCUGGAGUGCCCCAACCUCAAGCUGAAGAGGCCCAGCUGGGUGCACAUGCCCUCCGCCAUGACGGUCUACGCGCUGGUGGUGGUCUCCUACUUCCUCAUCACGGGAGGAAUAAUUUAUGAUGUGAUUGUAGAACCUCCCAGUGUUGGCUCCAUGACAGAUGAACAUGGGCAUCAGAGGCCAGUGGCAUUCUUAGCUUACAGAGUAAAUGGACAGUAUAUCAUGGAGGGACUCGCUUCCAGCUUCCUCUUCACAAUGGGAGGCCUUGGUUUCAUUAUUCUGGAUCGUUCCAAUGCACCAAAUAUACCAAAGCUGAAUAGAUUUCUGCUGCUCUUUAUUGGCUUUGUCAGCGUUCUGCUGAGUUUCUUUAUGGCAAGAGUGUUCAUGCGGAUGAAACUGCCGGGCUACUUAAUGGGCUAGUGCCUUUUUGUGACUGCUAUGAAGCACAGAUUGGAUUUGCUUUUAGCUGUGAAGAAGAUUGGAUAAUAAAAUCUUCACAACCCAAACGCCUCUCCAAAGAGACAAUGAAUAAAGAGAGAUUAAGGAAGAAACUGUUUUCUCAUUUCUACUACUAUAAAUACCAACAUUUGUUACAUGCAGUUGGGUUAUUAACAAAUUUGUGUCUAUUUUUCUCAACUGUGAAAAACAAAACAAUGUAUUCUGAAGUGUUACUGAUGUAAAUAGAAUUACAGUACAAAGUAAAAACACUGUUCAUCUAUUUCCUCCAUUUAUGAUUUAAGCUAAAAGUAAUAACGCUGUGCAUCCUUUUUACACCAGGAUUUGUUUUGUCUCCUUGUGAGAGAAUAAAUUGUAUAAAUUUAAAGGAGGGAAUAGUAAUAGUUUUUUACAUGUCUCUAUGUAUUGAAAAUGAGAGUUUAUCAAGGCUGAACACCAUGACCAGAUAAAAAAAAAACCCCUAAGGAUAAUAAUGGGUGGGUGUGGCCAUCAGUCAAACCUGAUCGUGCUAAUCCCAUUUUGAGAACAUGGAAGAGUAGCUAGAAUUGGAAGAUUGUGAAGAGUAUUUUGAUUUGGGCUUAUAUCUCUACUCCUAACCCUCCCAAAUAGAUGGUCCACGCUUUAGUAUCUAAUAGGUCACGUGGUGUACAAAAUGAGUUUAGAUGAUGGGUGAUGUCUGUGCAUCCUUUGGAAAGUGUGGAUCUGACAUGUUUGGGUUCUCUGUAUCAGGGCAUGUGUGUUCAAUGAAAUACAUGUCAUGUCAACCUUACUUUUGAUCUGCAUACUGGUAGAUGCACACAAGAAAGCCACAUGUAACACAUUAGGAGAUUGAUAGAAAUGUGCAAAAUUAUGUGAAAAUAGUUUUUCCUUUUCCAAAAAUAUAUUGAAAACAUGAUGCAUUAAACAUCUUUUUUACUAAA